AUGGCCGCAGACACGGAGAAGGAAAAGGAAAAGACAAAGAUAGACGCCGGACUCGCUAGUCUGAACCACUACCAGAGGAAGCUGCCGGCAUGGAGAUACAAGCUACGACAGCGCACCCUGCCCCUCGUCCGGUGGGAGACGCCGUACCUGGCAUGGCUGCAGGAGAGGAUACGCACACCUUCGCUUGAUUCCUGGUUCGCCAUCACUGCGAACCUGGGGACACAUACCUUCUACAUGGUCAUGCUGCCCGUGCUCUUCUGGACCGGACACACAGGCAUUGGUCGGGCGGUGGUUCAUUUGCUCGCUGCCGGAGUCUUCUUCAGCGGGUUCCUGAAGGACCUACUGUGUCUGCCACGGCCGCUUUCUCCCCCACUGCAGCGCAUCACCAUGUCCGGUUCGGCUGCGCUGGAGUACGGCUUCCCGUCAACCCACUCGACGAACGCAGUGUCGAUAGUCGUCUACGCCCUGCAUGCGCUACGCUCGCAAUCUGAUCUCGCACCACUCGCAUCCACCUUACUCCAGACGGGACUGUACGUCUAUGUCACCUCUAUAGUGAUCGGGAGGCUGUACUGCGGCAUGCAUGGCUUCCUCGAUGUGGUGGUUGGCAGCAUGCUCGGAGCUCUGCUUGGCUUCGUCCAAUGCGUCUACGGGCCAAAGUUCGAUGAAUACCUCUUUACCGGUUCGAUCAAGGAAGUCCUAGUCAUCGUUGCUGUCAUCAUCGUGCUGGUCCGCGUACAUCCAGAGCCCGCAGACUCGUGUCCCUGUUUCGACGACAGUGUUGCUUUUGCGGGCGUCUUUGCCGGAGUAGAACUGGGGAACUGGCACUUUGCGUCAACUAAAUAUUCGCUUUCCGUCCCUACGCCGGCUACGGUUCCGUUUGACCUGCAGCGCAUGGGUUGGCUCAAGACCGUGCUUCGCAUUAUAAUCGGCGUGGCAUGUGUCGUCGUAUGGAGGGAAGUGAUGAAGCCCACGCUGCUCAGGAUUCUGCCGCCGCUGUUCAGAGUCAUCGAGCGUCUAGGUUUGAGCCUGCCCCGACGGUUCUUCAAGCGUGCUACGGAAUAUACGCGCAUCCCGGGCCAGCUAAAGUACGACGACGUCAUGCCAAACGUCUCGGACAUUCCAUCCAUGCUCACUUCUAUCCGUCACCCACGACGGCGGGCCAUCUCCAUCGGCCCACAAUCAGAAGCCGACGCCUAUGAAGCCAUUGCGUACCGGCAGGAACGCCGACGAGCCAGUGCAGCGUCCGAGAACGGCCGGCCACCCACUCCAUCGCGCGAGAACGUCAAGAGCCCAACUCUACGGCCCACCACGCGCUCUAAACGAACGGCCUCCAAUGUGUCAGACACGCAGUCUCCCUCGAGGAGUCUUCAUGAUUAUGAGAAUAUGAUGGGAUCUGGAGCCCAGAUCUAUGAAGAGAGUAACGGGCAAUCCGUAGAUGCCCUUGCCAACGGUAAUGGGAAAGUAACGAAUAAUGAUGAGGAUGAUGAAAAGGACAUGUUUUUGAGGAUCACGCCACCUAGAGUGCGGUAUGACGUAGAAGUUGUCACGAAGCUGAUUGUUUACUCAGGUAUCGGACUGGUUGCCGUUGAAGGCAGUCCCAUAUUAUUCCACCUGCUGGGUCUCGACUAA